AUGCUUAUCACUAAUUCAUUUCGCAAUAUUACAAGAAGAGCUUUUUCUCUAUCAUCACCUUCAAGGACUGGAGUGGUUCCUUUAGUUCUCGACAAUGAUGGACGUGUUGAACGUUUUUACGACAUUUAUUCUCGAUUGUUAAAGGACAGGAUUAUUUGCGUUAUGUCGCAGAUUAAUGAUUACACAGCAGCAUCGAUCAUUGCACAAUUGUUGUUUCUUCAAGGAGAAAGUGGAAAAAGUCCGAUAAAUAUGUACAUAAAUUGUCCGGGUGGUGUUGUCACUGCAGGCUUAGGCAUAUAUGACACGAUGCAAUACAUUUCUGCGCCAGUUUCAACUUGGUGUAUUGGACAAGCAUGUUCAAUGGGAAGCUUAUUAUUAGCAGCGGGAGAGAAGGGAAUGCGUGUAUCAUUACCAAAUGCACGAAUUAUGGUCCAUCAACCUUCUGGAGGUGCACAGGGAAUGGCUUCUGAUGUUUUAAUUAUGGCUGAAGAAUUGAGCCGAAAUCGUGAACGUUUGAAUGAAAUUUAUGCUCAUCAUACAGGGCAAACAGUAGAAAAAAUUGCUGAGACGUUGGACAGGGAUCGCUUUAUGAGUGCUAGCGAGGCAUUGGAAUUUGGUUUAAUUGAUAGGAUUGAAAAUCACAAUGGAUCUUCACCAGCUAUUAAAGUUUAG